AAACACAUUUUACUACACACACACACACUCACACUUUCUCUCUCUAACCCAAAAAAAAAAAAAAAAAAACUGUGUUUUUUCUCUCCGAGAAAACCACGAAUUUCACUUCAAUUUCUCUCUCUUCUGCCUCCAAAACCCACACGUACGAAAUGAGCAAUGCAUGAUCUUUCGAAUAAAUGUAAUUUCAGGUUCUGAUUCCUCAGUUUCCACCGAGGUUGUUUUUUGUUUCUUUUUAUUUUUGUUGUUGUUGUUGUUGGUUAUAAUUCGGUGGAACUCAACUCACUGAGUUGGAACGGAAAUGCUUGAGGCGGUUGAGAGUUCCGUUAAUGGCGGUUUCUCACAGUUACAGAGCUGUGGGGACAGUAGUGAAGAGGAGCUCUCUGUGCUGCCACGCCACACCAAGGUGGUUGUUACCGGUAAUAACCGUACAAAAUCGGUGCUUGUGGGUCUUCAAGGUGUGGUCAAGAAGGCCGUUGGACUUGGCGGGUGGCAUUGGCUGGUUCUCACAAACGGCAUAGAAGUAAAGCUUCAGAGGAAUGCCCUCAGUGUAAUUGAAGCUCCAACUGGUAAUGAGGAAGAUGAUGACCUUGAAUUUGAACAUGUGCCAUGGAAUGGUUCAGAUAUGGCAUCAGAUGACACUCAAAAGUCCCACAGAUCGAGGCAUAGAAUGCACAAAUCAUCCGGGUCAUCUUAUAGGACUAUGAGCAGAUCCCUCUCUUGUGACUCACAGUCUAAGGGAUCUGUUUCCACUCCUCGUGGGUCCACGAAGGUUGACUUAAGCAAACUGGAGAUUGCUGCAUUGUGGAGAUAUUGGCGACACUUUAAUCUUGUGGAUGCUUUCCCCAACCCAUCAAAAGAACAACUAGUAGAUGUUGUUCAGAGGCAUUUCAUGUCACAGCAAAUGGACGAGUUGCAGGUCAUUGUGGGGUUUGUUCAGGCUGCAAAGAGACUGAAGACUGUGUGCAAAUGACCUGGAGAGAUGGAGAGAGCAUUGCAUUCGGUUGUCUAUGCUAACAGAUACUGGUAUCUAAAUGUCCACUUCCCUCUGUAGUGAUGUCUAUAGCAUAAUUUAUCUGUGGCUUGUCUAUGUCUCUCAUUUCGGUUAGUAGGCUAGUAAUACUCUGUUCAAGUUAUAGAGGUUCUUGCUUUUUGAUAGUGUAGCUAUGUAGAUAUAUGUAAAACUGGUGACCAAACCUCUAAAGAAGUCCAUGUGGCUAUCUUUCUGAACUUGGUGAAUGUAUUGCUGACUUGGGGAAGUGGGUUUUUAAAAUGUAAAUAUUUAUAUACUGUUAUUCCUA